GGGACAUCUAACAGUGAAUCCGGGACAGCGGGAAGUGCCAUAAAUAUCGGGACUGUCCUGCUGAAAGCAGUGGCUGAGGUGCUAUAAGGAGUUCUUAGCAAUAAGGGCAUCUUAGUAGGGAAGAGGGCAGGACACACUUGAAUUUGGUACAUGUUUGUCCCUAAAUGGACACCGUAAAGCAGUGCAUGAGAAGAGAAGCGCUCCAACUGUGCAGAGCAGCUGCGCCUUCCUAUCUCCAUGACGACAGAAGCUUUGGAAAGCUUGUCCAUUUUUGAUGACGUGACUACUAAUUGCAUCUUUGGCAUCCUAGUUACCGUACUAGUGGAUUUUGCGAGAGACAGAGUUCUAUUGAGUGAUUUCUGCUCAUAACUGCUUUCUGUGUAACACUUUUGCACCAUUAUAAUAAGAGCUAAUUGCUUUCUGCCUCCUAUGUUUGUCUGACGUCCCUCUGGCCAGUGACAGCCUACACACAAGCCUAUGUCUGUCAGAAAGGCAAGAGGGCCCCUGCAGAACACCCUGAGGGUAACUGAUGACCUGAAGAGACAGUUUGAUGAUUUGCUGCGCGAAACAUUAGAAAAAGAUGUUUUAAAUCCUGUGGCUAAAAAGGAAUUUUACCAAAGAUGUGUACACCUGAACACCCUUGUAGAAAAAAACAGAGAAGCUCUUGAUAAGUUGAAAAAAGCUGAUGAACCAGCCCCUGUAGGGAACUAUGAGCAGAGGAAGCAAGAAGAAGAACAAAGACUGACUAAACUUUCUCAUCAGCUGCAGGAGCUUGCAAAGACUCUGCAACAGGGAAAUAAACAGAAGGACAGCCACCAGACAGAAGAGGUCAGCAAUGAUGAAGAAGAAAGUGGAGAGGAAGUAGAAGAAGAGGAAGAAGAAGAUGAGGAGGAGGAAGAAGAAGAUGAUGAUGAGGAAGAGGAGGAGGAAGAAGAUGAACUCGACUUAACCAUGAAAGAGUACAUUACAUUGGGAGAUUUUCAGGCCCAGCAAAAAGACGAUUUAACUUUUAAGAAAGGCCAAGUACUACAUAUUCUGGAUAAAAAACUUGACGGCUGGUGGAUUGCUCAAGACUCUAAAGGAAACAAAGGCCUUGUACCAAAGACAUACUUACAGGUGUACAAAAGUGGAGAUCCUAACCUAGAUCAAAGUGAGGAGGAAAGUGAAGAAGAUGUAGAAGAGACAGAAGAUGACAAAACAGUUACCAUGCAGAGUAAACAAACAGAAGAUACCGUUUCACAGCUAAGUUCUUCUAGAAAGAUCAAAGAGAUGAGCUCAGUUGAUGGAUUGGUGACAAUGGGCACAAUACCUUCUGGGUUUCGUUCCUCAACCCUGGCACAACUUUUAAACCAAGGGGAACAGUACAGAACAUAUAUGUACCUGCAGCCUGAUCUUAACCCAUCACAGCUGGCUUUUAAAGAUUUGCUAUGGGACAGAGAAGCAUGUGGUAUUCAAUCAUUACCAAGCCGCAUCUCUUUGAUUUUGACCUUGUGGAGCUGUAAAAUGAUACCUCUGCCUGGGGCCAGCAUUCAGAUCCUUAGCAGGCAUGUGAGACUCUGCCUGUUUGAUGGUGCUAAGGUCUGGAGCAAUAUUCAUACAGUAAGAGCUUCAUGGCUACCCAAAAAUUCAAGAACAUGGACGUUUUCUCCUAGGGUCACCGGUAUUCUUCCCAGCAUCCUCGAUGGCGAUUGUUUUGUGAGAUCUGGCUGCCAUUCUCCAGAGAUCGGAAUUCUGUUUGAACUUGGAGUCACCUAUAUCCGUAACUCAACCGGUGAGCGAGGAGAGCUGAGCUGUGGCUGGGCUUUUUUAAAGCUUUUUGAUACCAAUGGGAUUCCCAUGCCUGCAAGGACAUAUGAGCUUACCUUGUAUGGGGGAACUCCCUAUGAAAGAGGAGUCGAAGUAGAUCCAUCUGUUGCAAGAAGAGUAAACACAGGCGUUUUCCAUCAGUUGAGGACCCAGAGAAAGCAGCCUCGGCUACUCGUGAAACUCAGAACUCUAAACACCACACAGAGAAACAUGCUAAACAUGCUUCCUCAAACAAUAAUUGGUAGCAGCAGCCACCUGCCUGUGCUGGUCUACUAUCGGCAGAUUCUAGGGGAUGUGCUUCUGAAAGAAAGAAAAAGUAUGCAGAAUUCAGAUCUCAUUUGCCAUCCUUUACUGGCCACAUUUCCCAGGCUAAUGGAGCAGCCUGAUAUUCUUGAUGCACUCAGGAGCGGGUGGGCAGAGAAAGAAAAUUCCAUGAAAAGAUCAGAAAAGAGGGACAAAGAGUUCAUGAAAAAUGCCUUCAUCCAUGUUUAUCACAACAUUGCCUACCCGCUUCUGGAGUCCACAGUCCUGCAGGAGUCCAAAGGGGCAGAAGAUGAAACAGAAGCUGCCCGGUGGAAAGUGAUCGCUGAGUUCCUCAGACAAAACCGUGAGAAACAUGGAUCCCAACACUUCCUGUUGUCUCCAGACAACCUCCACAAGCCAUUUGAUAUCUCCGAGAUAACGUAUGAUUUCCUUGAUGCGGCAAAGAAGUCUACUGUAUUGUUAUGAGCACAAUACCUAACUGGUGCUCCUGUGCAAUACCCAGGCACUCUUUGUGGGACUGCAUCAUUGUUUUCCUGUUUUUUAAUUCAAAGAAAAACAGUUUUAUGAAUAAUGAAUGAAUGAAUAAAUUAUGGUUUUUGUUAAA